AUGCAAUCACUGAACAAAACACUACCAGUAAUGAAGAGAUACAGAUCCACUCCAAACCUCACCGCCGCCGCAGCACCGCCCACUCCUUCAACUCCUCCACCCCCACAAACCCUCCGCCCCACCCCCAAACCCCAAUCAAUCUCAUCCAAAAAACCCAGAAACAUCCUCUCUCACCUCACCCACCCCAAACCAAUCCCAACCCACCAACAAAACCCCCAAAGCCCCAAAUGGGUACCCCUCAACUUGUCCAAAUCGGAACUCUCGCUGCCCCUCACCUUCCCCACCGGCCAGACCUUCAGGUGGAAACAAACCGACCACCAUAACCACAUUCAGUACACAGGCGUUGUUGGGUCCCACUUGGUUUCCCUGAAGCAGCUUGAAGACGGCGACGUUGCGUAUUCCUUUCAUCACACUGCAAACGAGGCCGGUGCUAGGCUGGCUCUGUUGGAUUUUUUGAAUGCCGGUAUUUGUUUGGCUGAUAUGUGGGAGGGGUUCUCGGCUUCUGACCCGAGGUUUGCCGAGUUGGCGCGGCGUUUGGGUGGUGCCCGGGUGCUCAGGCAGGACCCACUGGAGUGCCUGGUUCAGUUUCUUUGUUCGUCUAACAAUAAUAUCGGGAGGAUCACCCGAAUGGUGGAUUUUAUUUCGUCUUUAGGGAAUUAUUUGGGGACAGUUGGGGGUUUGGAUUUCCACGAAUUCCCGUCUUUGGAUCGGUUGUCGCAGGUUUCGGAGGAAGAGCUCAGGGAGGCGGGGUUCGGUUACAGGGCAAAAUACAUAAUUGGCACUGUAGAUGCUCUGCAAUCAAAACCAGGUGGAGGUGCAGAGUGGCUUGCUUCUCUUCGAGAGAUUGAUCUCCAAAAGGCUAUUGAUGCUCUCUCCACUCUGCCUGGUGUUGGUCCCAAGGUGGCAGCAUGUAUUGCUCUCUUCUCUCUAGAUCAGCAUCAAGCCAUUCCUGUUGAUACUCAUGUGUGGCAGAUAGCAACUAGGUACCUCAUCCCCGAGCUAGCAGGGACCCGCCUAACUCCUAAACUCUGCAGUCGCGUGGCAGAUGCAUUUGUGAGCAAAUAUGGUAAAUAUGCUGGGUGGGCCCAGACUCUACUUUUCAUUGCCGAGUUACCAUCACAAAAGACACUUCUACUAUCAGAUUCCUGUAUUAGCAGGUGCCAAAAUCCUGUUAAGCAGAAAGGCAGACGAUCCAGUGGACCUACAGAUGGAGAUAGUGCCCAGAAUCUUGGAAUAGAAGAGCAAGAGGCUGAUGAAAAGUUAUGAUUCCUUGCAGAUGAGGAGUCUGAAAAGAUUGUUCUUAGUGGAACCUAGAGUAUUGGAUUUAAUAGAGGUGAUUCUUUUGCUCUGUUGCAGAUGAAAUCAAAAGCAACAGGGAAAACCAGGUGGAUUUGCGUAAUGAAUGUGAUACCAAUCUAAGAGUCCAAUUUAUUGCAGAAUUUAACUGGAUUGCUUCUUGUACAACUUGGAGCAUGUCUUAUAAGACCGAUGAGAUGAUAAUGAGGCCGCCAGAUGCCGAAGGACCGCCGAUGAUUGAGACAAUGAGACUUGGUGUAAUGGCAACACACCUAGUCAAUAGGUUCCUCAGCCAUCUUCUCAUCUUAAGAUCCAAGAAACCCUAGAAAGUUCACCACCCAAUUUUCUCAUUGGUAAGCUCGGAUUAUAUUUUUACAGCCCAUAAGGGGAAAAAAUAGGUAAUUUUGUUAGAAUUUGUGUACCACCUGCAUGAUAUAUUGUCCAGCAUAAGUGCCUGUAAUUGUGGAACUUUGUCCUGAGGCUAGUAAUGCAAUGGCGUAGACAGUGGAGCUUGAUCUUCCCAGUACAUUCUGCAAAUGUACCAACUAUAGAGUUAAUCUACUGUCCA